AUGAAAACUACCAAAUUACCAGACGGCCACGGAAGUCUCUACAAGGAAGUACGCUUUUCUCCGACCGAAACACCAAUCCGUCGCACAAAAUCUAUUUCAGCCACAUUUCCUCCUAUAAUUUCAGGCUACGGCCGAACAGCAUUCCAAGACUCGGCCUUGGUGAAUUCGUUCACCAUGGAUACUUCCUAUAUAGACCAAUCGCGGGCGCUUCUCCAGAGCCAACGGCUGAACUUCGAGACAGAGAGGGAAUUGUUUGCGCAAGAGCGCCGAUUAUGGGAGAAAGAGCGGGCGUUGUUACGAUCGAAAAUUGUUGAGUUGGAGGUGCUUGUCAAAAGCCAAGGGAACAGAACAAGUCAAUUGGGAUCGGACGCCGCCAAACUUGUACUUGCAGGUGGAAUAUCGCAGUAUAACACAAAUGGCCUUGCGGCUCAAGUGUGGGAGGGGACAAGUCCAGGCAAUAGGCCAACAAGGGUGUUCUUCGACCACGAAUAUCCAGACCAAAGCUAUCUAUCGCCAAUCUCCGAAAGUGGGAAUCCGCCAUCCCUUGAUCGGGCUCUUUCACCCCGAUCCCGACCAUUAGACCCUUCUGGAGCGCCUGUGAGUCAGCCGGUGCCGAUUGAAAAGCUUGACAGGACCCUAGAUGGUAUCACGCUCAAGUCCACAGCGCUGCCACCUGCCGUGGUAGCUCGAGUGAUCACCCCGCCCUCCCCGUCGCCCCUGGUAACCCCUGGAACUGCCCCUUCAACCGCUGCAAGGCCUAUCAUGGAGCAUCGAAACAGUCUCAAAUUGAAGCUGUCAGAGCUUGGCCCACCCAAUGAGAACUUGCUCCGCCAUGCAGGUCACACCCCGAUGGCGAUCAUCGACGUUGAUGAUAGUCGGUCCACCCAGGAGGGGACUCCCCUCGAGGUUGGCUCCCACAUUGAAGAGGCCCCUCUUGAGCCCGUGGCGAACGUUCACCAACCCACCGAAAAUAAGAUCUCCUACUUUCCUGAUGUGCCAGACGACCCCGCUCUCACGGGACCCCUCGGUCUGAUUAAUGACGAGGAGCACGACUCCAGUUUUUUGAGCGAACUGGAUCAGAAACUCCUUGUUCAAGCGAAGAGUAUUCUAGGCAGCUCGGUUGAAUCGGCCGAUCCCAAUGAGACUGAUUCUGAGUCUGAGUUCCCUCGCCAAGGCGAGCAAGAACUUGAAAUCAAAUUCAAGAAAUCUACUAAUUUUGGUACUGCAUUUGGAAUAUCGAACUCGGGUCAAUUGUAA